AUACUUAUGUUUGCUUAUCUCUCUUCUUUGAGUGUGCGGUGAAACUUGCCAAAAUGGUGGGUUAUGUGAGUGCUGGGACUGUGGAAUACCUGUACAGCCAGGACGGCAGCUUCUACUUUCUGGAAUUGAAUCCUCGGCUACAGGUAGAGCACCCUUGUACAGAGAUGGUGGCUGAUGUCAAUCUCCCUGCAGCUCAGCUCCAGAUUGCCAUGGGGAUUCCUCUAUAUAGAAUCAAGGAUAUCCGUAUGAUGUACGGGGUAUCUCCCUGGGGUGAUUCUCCCAUUGAUUUUGAAGAUUCUGCACAUGUUCCUUGCCCAAGGGGCCAUGUUAUUGCUGCUCGGAUCACUAGAAAUCCAGAUGAGGGUUUUAAGCCCAGUUCAGGAACAGUUCAGGAACUAAAUUUCCGCAGCAAUAAGAAUGUUUGGGGAUACUUCAGUGUUGCUGCUGGGGGACUUCAUGAAUUUGCUGAUUCUCAGUUUGGUCACUGCUUUUCUUGGGGAGAAAACAGAGAGGAGGCAAUUUCAAACAUGGUGGUGGCUUUGAAGGAGCUGUCUAUUCGGGGUGACUUUCGAACUACAGUUGAAUACCUGAUCAAAUUGUUAGAGACUGAAAGCUUUCAGAUGAACAGAAUUGAUACUGGCUGGCUGGACAGACUGAUAGCAGAAAAAGUACAGGCUGAGCGACCUGACACCAUGUUGGGGGUUGUAUGUGGGGCCCUCCACGUGGCAGACGUGAGCCUGCGGAAUAGCGUCUCUAACUUCCUUCACUCCUUAGAAAGGGGUCAAGUCCUUCCUGCUCAUACACUGUUGAAUACAGUAGAUGUUGAACUUAUCUAUGAGGGAGUCAAGUAUGUACUUAAGGUGACUCGACAGUCCCCCAACUCCUAUGUGGUGAUCAUGAAUGGCUCAUGUGUAGAAGUAGAUGUACAUCGGCUGAGUGACGGUGGACUGCUCUUGUCCUAUGAUGGCAGCAGUUAUACUACGUACAUGAAGGAGGAAGUGGAUAGAUAUCGCAUCACAAUUGGCAAUAAAACCUGUGUGUUUGAGAAGGAAAAUGACCCAUCAGUGAUGCGCUCACCUUCUGCUGGGAAGUUAAUCCAGUACAUUGUAGAAGAUGGAGGUCAUGUGUUUGCUGGCCAGUGCUAUGCUGAGAUUGAGGUGAUGAAGAUGGUAAUGACCUUAACAGCUGUGGAGUCUGGCUGUAUCCAUUACGUCAAGCGACCUGGAGCAGCUCUUGACCCUGGCUGUGUACUAGCCAGAAUGCAACUGGACAACCCCAGCAAGGUUCAGCAGGCUGAGCUUCACACAGGUAGUCUGCCACGGAUCCAGAGCACAGCACUCAGAGGCGAGAAACUGCAUCGAGUGUUCCAUUAUGUCCUGGAUAAUCUGGUCAACGUAAUGAAUGGAUACUGCCUUCCAGAUCCUUUCUUUAGCAGCAAGGUAAAAGACUGGGUAGAGCGAUUGAUGAAAACCCUCAGAGAUCCCUCCCUGCCUCUCCUAGAAUUGCAAGAUAUCAUGACUAGCGUGUCUGGCCGCAUUCCCCCCAAUGUGGAGAAGUCUAUCAAGAAGGAAAUGGCUCAGUAUGCUAGCAACAUCACAUCAGUCCUCUGUCAGUUUCCCAGUCAGCAGAUUGCCAACAUCCUAGAUAGCCAUGCAGCUACAUUGAACCGGAAAUCUGAACGGGAGGUCUUCUUUAUGAAUACUCAGAGCAUUGUUCAGCUGGUACAGAGGUACCGAAGUGGCAUCCGAGGCCACAUGAAGGCUGUGGUGAUGGAUCUGCUCCGGCAGUACCUGCGAGUAGAGACACAAUUCCAGAAUGGUCACUAUGACAAAUGUGUAUUCGCCCUCCGGGAAGAGAAUAAAAGUGACAUGAACACUGUACUGAACUACAUCUUCUCUCACGCUCAAGUCACCAAGAAGAAUCUUCUGGUCACAAUGCUUAUCGAUCAGUUGUGUGGCCGGGACCCUACUCUCACUGAUGAGCUGCUGAAUAUUCUCACAGAGCUAACUCAACUCAGUAAGACUACCAAUGCUAAAGUAGCACUUCGAGCACGCCAGGUUCUUAUUGCCUCCCAUUUGCCAUCAUACGAGCUUCGCCAUAACCAAGUAGAGUCUAUCUUCCUAUCAGCUAUUGACAUGUAUGGACAUCAAUUUUGCAUUGAGAACCUGCAGAAACUCAUCCUAUCAGAAACAUCUAUUUUUGAUGUCCUACCAAACUUCUUCUAUCACAGCAACCAAGUAGUGAGGAUGGCAGCUCUGGAGGUGUAUGUUCGAAGGGCUUAUAUUGCCUACGAACUUAACAGCGUACAACACCGCCAGCUUAAGGACAACACCUGUGUGGUGGAAUUCCAGUUCAUGCUGCCACAUCUCAUCCAAACAGGUGAGUUUGAGGUGGUAUGUGCACCUGAGCCAGCCAGAGGUAUACCAUGAGAAUCAAGGGGAGUAAUGUGUAUGACAAUUCCAUGUUUUUUUAAUUAGAAAUGUAGGGCAAAAAAUGAACAAUAUGACCAUAAAGAAGAGCCUUUUGGUGCUCACUUCUUUGAUCUAAAGAGACAAAUUAUGGUCUAAGUAAGAUGAAAGUUUACGAUUACUCCAUUCAUUCUUGCUUGUAUUAUGUCACUGAGGAAAUAGUUUCUUUUUUAAAAAAAUAGAAAGAAUUUACUAGCAUUUUACUUGCUAGAACUUUGCCAGAAAAAUCACUCUUUUUUUAACAAUUUAAAUCGGCAAUUAGACCAAGAAAAUAUUUUGGGUGGAAUGCUUUCUUUUCUGUAUGUUUGCUAUGGGUUGAGGUUAUACCUGAGCCAGUUUCAUUGUCGCCCUAAAACAGACAACCUGAAUUUAGCAGUUGAAAUUCAAUCAGUUUUUAAAAAUUAUAUUUCAGAACCAAACUUCUUAAUCUCAAAUAAAUUACUGAAUUAAGCCAUGAUAAUUACAUUAUUUG